AUUUUCUGUUGAACUGUGUGGUUGUUGCGGCCGGUAAAUGCAGAGAAAAUUGAGAAAACAGAUAAAACUCGCGUCUAAAAUUGUGUUAAAUAUUUAGUUAAUGGGUUGUGUCAUGUGUGAAAAUGCUUUAGCUUCUUAAAUGUCGACAAAAUCGCGUUUUUCGUUUGCAUGUGCGACGCCGCUGUUAUAACACUCUGCCGUUCGCUGUUUCCUCUGCGCGUGUGCUUUGCCUCGCAUUCGUUGUCUCGAUUGUUUACGAAUUUGUGUGCGUGCCUAAAUGUGUAAAAACUAGCGAAAAUUACUAAAUUUUGAAUAAAAAUGCCAAUUAAAAGCCUUAAAACAACAACAAGCAUGAUAGGCAAUAACAACAAAAUGCUGCUCGCGUUGUUUGCGCUAACUGCGCUGCUCCUACACAACGGCAGAGGCGUAGCAGCGCAUUUGAACGUGUUCUUGAAUCCGGAAGAGGUGAUGCGUUUGCUUGGCGUUUCGGCAGAGGUUUACUAUGUGCGCGAGGGUCACAUCAACAACUAUGCACUGAAUUUCAUCGUGCCGGUGCCGGCGAACGUGGAGGACGUCAGCUUCACGUGGCAGUCGCUGGCGGGGCGUUCGCUGCCCUACAGCCUCAAUGUGGUCAGCUCGGACCAGGAGGUGCUGCCGCGGCCGGCGCUCAAUGUGUCGCACAUUGGCGACAUUCCAACGCACAUUCAAACGUGGGCCGUGGCGCUCAAGUGCAGCGGGCUGCGCGCUGCGGAGGUGGACAUCACAAUCAGCCUGGAAGUUGAGCUGAAUCGGAUACUGAAUAAUGUGACCCACUUGGUAUUCCGUCGCAAAAAGAUUUGUUUGCUCAGCGAGAGCGAGGAGGAGCAGCAUCAGUCGGCGGACAACGAUCUCGAUGAUCCGCAUCUGCUGGAAACGGUGCUCCCGCCGCCAACCGGCCUAAUCACCCUGGUGGUGGGCGUCACUGUGGCGAUGAGUGCUGUGUGCAUCCUACUAGUGAUUGCGUAUUGUGUGCGCGGUGCGGCUGCCAAGCGGCAGCAUCAUCAGCACGGCGGCCAGCCCAUGCGUACCUCCAGCUUUCAGCGGCUCAACACGCAGCCGCCAUGCCAAUCCUCCUUGGGAUCCGCUGCCUAUAUGACGCCCUCGCUCAUUGGGCCGGUGCACGCGUCGUCGCUGCCACGAAAGGUGGCCGUUUCCAUGGAGCAGCAACAGCAGCCGGAAGAGCUGCAUCGCCGCAUCUCCGAGCUGACGGUUGAACGUUGCCGCGUCCGACUCUCCAGCCUGCUGCAGGAGGGAACUUUUGGUCGCGUCUAUCGCGGCACCUACAACGACAGCCAGGACGUGCUAGUCAAGACGGUUGCCCAGCAUGCUAGCCAGAUGCAGGUGCUACUCCUGCUGCAAGAGGGCAUGCUACUGUACGGCGCCUCGCAUCCCGGCAUACUCUCCGUCCUGGGCGUAUCUAUCGAGGAUCAUACGACACCAUUUGUUCUCUAUCCCGCUCUGAACAACACGCGCAAUCUGAAGCUAUUCCUUCUGGAUCCCGCCUGCGCCCGCACCGUUACCACCAUUCAGAUCGUGAUGAUGGCUUCCCAGCUGUCCAUGGCUCUCGAUCACCUGCAUACGCAUGGCGUCGUGCACAAGGACAUUGCCGCCAGGAACUGCAUCAUUGAUGAUCAGCUGCGUGUAAAACUCUCGGACAGCUCGCUGUCUCGCGAUCUUUUCCCCUCGGACUACAAUUGUUUGGGCGACAGCGAAAAUCGCCCCAUCAAGUGGAUGUCGCUGGAGGCGCUGCAGCAUAAACAAUUCUCAGAGGCGAGUGAUUCCUGGGCCUUCGGAGUGCUCAUGUGGGAACUGUGCACAUCGGCCAAGCAGCCGUACGCGGAGGUGGAUCCCUUCGAAAUGGAGCACUAUCUGAAGGAUGGCUAUCGCCUGGCACAGCCCUUCAAUUGCCCCGACGAGCUGUUUACGAUCAUGGCGUAUUGCUGGGCUCUGCUGCCCGGGGAGCGUCCGACCUUUGCGCAGCUGCAGUCCUGUCUGUCGGACUUCUAUUCACAGAUCACGCGCUAUGUCUAGGAGAGCUCAUGGUGUCCACUGGCAGCUUAUCGUUAUGGGCGCGCACUUGUAAAGGGCGUGGCUAGUCCAUUGAACCCAUCUGCAUCCGCAACGCAGCAACGGUCCUCGAAUUCCUCAUACUCUUACCAUAGUUAGCCGAAGUCCCAUUAGUCCAUGUACGUUGUUAUAUUGCCAAAUCUUAUGUUUAGAGUCUCAUUUAGCAGCUGGGCGAGUUGUUGUAUAUAUAGUAUAUAUAGUAGCCCGACAUAUGUUAUAAGUUCACGUUUAGAUCAACAACGAAAGACUCGAAUACACACAUAUUCAGAGAUAUGCGACUUAUAGAGAUUACGCAGGCUUUUCUGCAAUCUCCAAGCAUUUAAAUAUACUUGAAUAACAAAUUAAUUAAGAUAAAUUUUAGCGAAAGAACCUUGAACCGAAAUCAAAUAUAGUGAUAUUUAUCUCUACAAUUAUGUU